AUGGCGCAAACAGCAGCCAUGAGCUCAAGUCAGCCCUUUGUCUCCAAGUGGUCGGAUCGAUACCGUGGUGCCAUCGUCCAAGACCUCGAGCCGCCAGCCGCGCUCUCUAUCAACCCGUCGGACCCAGUCUCGCUGGCGCUCAUCAGCGCCUUUGAGCGCGAGUACACGCACCUGACGAUAAUCGACUCGUCGUCCAAGGCGCUGCUGGGCUACGUCUCGAUCCCGCACCUGCAGGCGCAGCUCGACUCGGGGGCGGUCAAGCCCGACGACCCCGUCUCGGCCGCCAUGACGCGCUUCCAGCGCCGCGGGCGCAAGUACACCGUCAUCACCAUGGCCACGCCGCUCGAGGAGCUCGAGGCCUUUUUCGAUGCCGGCCCCCAGAAGCAGGACUUUGCCGUUGUCACGGACGAGGAGAGAAGGUUUGUGCUCGGUGUCGCUACGAGGGAGGACCUGGAGGAGUUUGUCCGACGGAGACCGGCUUAA